UUUCUUCCUCAAUGCCAUGGUUACGUCUGAAUUUACUAUAUUAAACUUUUAUACAUAUCGACUAAUAUUCAACCCAAUAACAAUGGAAACUAAUAAUAAUAAUGAUGAAGCGGAGAAGUGUGAUGAAAUUGUCGGCGCUGUCAAUGGUAAAGAUACAUUGAAAGAUGAAGUUAACAUUACUAGUUGUAAAAGAAAAGGAUAUUUGGAGUGGCCAGAUUAUUUCAUGGCGAUUGCCUUUUUAUCAGCACAGAGAAGUAAAGAUCCUAGAACACAGGUGGGUGCAUGUAUUGUAAAUCAGGAGAAGAAGAUUGUUGGUAUUGGUUAUAAUGGAAUGCCUAAUGGUUGUGAUGAUGAUAGUAUGCCAUGGGGUAGAGAUUCAGAAGAUGUUUUAAAAACUAAACAGUUAUAUGUAUGUCAUGCUGAGUUAAAUGCUGUUUUAAAUAAGAAUUCUGCUGAUGUAAAGAACUGUACGAUAUAUGUGGCAUUAUUUCCAUGUAAUGAAUGUGCUAAAGUUGUUAUACAAUCCGGUAUAAAAGAAGUUGUAUAUUAUUCUGAUAAAUAUGGGGACAGACCACAAUUUAAAGCUUCAAGAAUUAUGUUUGAAAAAGCUAAUAUUAUAUGCAGGCAACAUAUCCCUUCUCAAAAACAGAUAACGAUAGAUUUUAAUACAAUAGAAAAUAUUACCAGUCAAAGUAUUGAAGCUAUUGACAAACUCCAGAUUUAAACAUACCAUAGACUUUAUUAUUUUAAAACAUUAAAUCAGCAUUUGGUGAUGGUUACAUAAUAAUUGCUAAAGUUAAUAUCCAACUGACUUUAAAUUUAUAUGGGGGGGGGGGGGUGGAUGGACGAAUGGUUAGCACAUGCGUGCUGUAUCAUCUGUAUCAUAAGGUCUGUCAUUGAGUCAACUGUUGUGGUUUCGAUUCCCUGGUUGUACGUGACGAGGAGUAGGGUCGCCUGUCCAACCUCGUGGGUUUUCUUUGGGUCCUCCCACUGCUAAAGACCCCUAUUCGUUGGCAAAUUAUUGAAAUAAAAUUGAACCAUAUGUUAGUCCCGAAAUGACCUAGUUUGUGUCGAGUGGAAGUUAAACUCCAUUUCUCCCUCUCUCUUUAGAUUGAUACACAGAGUUUAAGGUCUUUGAGACAAACAAGUAUUUUGAUUUUCAAUGAUUUUUUUACGCCCACAUUGAAAUGUGGUCGUAUAUUGUCGUCGCCCCUGUCCGUCCGUCCGGCGCCCACAAUUGCUUGUGGACGCUCUAGAGGCUAAAGUUAAUAUCCGAUUGACUUUAAAUUUAUAUACAGUGUUUAAGGCCAUGAGACGAAGAAGCCUAUUGAUUUUCAGCGAUUUCCGAUAAUUACUGCCAGAGUUAUGGCCCUUGAUCACUUCAAAAAAUCUUGUGGGCGCUCUAGAAGCCAAAGUUAAUAUCCGAUUGACUUUAAAUUUAUACACAGAGUUUAAGGUCAUGAGACAAAGAAGCCUAUUGAUUUUCAGCGAUUUCUGAUAAUUACUGCCAGAGUUAUGGCCCUUGAUCACUUCAAAAAGUCUUGUGGACGCUCUAGAGACCAAAGUUAAUAUCCGAUUGACUUUAAAUUUAUACACAGUGUUUAAGGUCAUGAGUCGAAGAAGCCUAUUGAUUUUCAGCGAUUUCCGAUAAUUACUGGCAGAGUUAUGGUCCUUGAUCACUUUUAAAAAUCUUGUGGACGCUCUAGAGGCCAAAGUUAAUAUCCGAUUGACUUUAAAUUUAUACACAGUGUUUAAGGUCAUGAGACGAAGAAGCCUAUUGAUUUUCAGCGAUUUCCGAUAAUUACUGCCAGAGUUAUGGCCCUUGAUCACUUCAAAAAAUCUUGUGGACGUUCUAGAGGCCAAACUUAAUAUCCGAUUGACUUCAAAUUUAUACACAGUGUUUAAGGUCAUGAGUCGAAGAAGCCUAUUGAUUUUCAGCGAUUUCCGAUAAUUACUGGCAGAGUUAUGGUCCUUGAUCACUUUUAAAAAUCUUGUGGACGCUCUAGAGGCAAAAGUUAAUAUCCGAUUGACUUUAAAUUUUAUACACAGUGUUUAAGGUCAUGAGACGAAGAAAUCUAUUCAUUUUCAGUGAUUUUCGAUAAUUACUGCCAGAGUUAUGUCCCUUGAUCACUUUAAAAAACCUUGUGGAUGCUCUAAAGGCUAAAGUUAAUAUCUGAUUGACUUUAAAUUUAUACACAGUGUUUGAGGUCACGAGGCGAAUAAUCCUAUUGAUUUUCAAUGAAUUUUUAUGACUUGGAACAGCUAAAUCCAUGAUACAGUAUUAAAAGUUUUGUAUGGGGCAGAACUUUAUAAAAACCAAACAAAUUCUAAUGGUUUUCUGAGUUGUUGCUCUUAAUCAGAUUUUAGUGUAUUAUAAAUGUUUCAUUACCGAAAAAAGUAAAAAAAUAUGCGACAACUCUUGUUGACUGCCCGGAAGAUUUAGCUGCUGUGGGCGUAUGUUUCAUUGCCUGGCAACAUAUCUUUGAUAACUUGAACAGCUAAAUCCAUGAUAUUUAAUUUUUGUAUACUAAACGUCAGCAUGGGUCAGAACUAGAAUCCAAACAAAUUCUAAUGAUUUUCUGAUUGUUACUUAAUGAGUUGGUACUCUUAAUCAGGCUCGCUAGCCUGGAGGUCGGGUGUUCGACCCCUGCAUUGGCCGAGAAUGUUCAUCAGGAUUUUCCGAUGUGGUUUCCCAUUGUCAGUGGUGCAGGAUGGAGGACGUAACAAGAACAGCUGUCUACUCGUUUGGAUGGAACGGAAAACCGAGGUCCUGUGUAUACAUUGGCAUGUACGUAAAAGAUCCCUUGGCAGGUGAACUUUGAUAUAAAAGUAGGCCAUAGUGCUGCUGCCCGGGCAAAAUUUCCCUCAUAGCACACUGUAUGACGUAUGCCCGUCUUCAUAAGACCAGCAUAAGACCAGUCGGAGCAGAACAGUAGUACAUUAAACCCCAUUUCAUUUCACUCUUAAUCAGCUUAAUCAGAUUUUAAUUUGUUAUAAAUGUGUAAUUACCGACAAAAGAAAAAUCUGACAACUCUUGUUGACUGCCUGGAUGAUUUAGAUGCUGUGGGCAUAUGUUUUGUUGCCUGACAACCUAUCUUUGUAUAUUGUGUACAGUAAUAAAAGAAAUGUUUAUAUAUA